AUGGAUGCUGUCCUGUUCUUAGAGAUGGUCCACGUUCCGAAAGAGAAAACCAUAAGGUUACUAUCUGUCAUUCUGGGGGCAGUUAACUCUGACUCCAAAGCCGGUGGUGAAUACUCCGGCAAAGAUUUCUCUCUGGAUAGUUUUGACAAAUCAUUUUAUCCUGAUGAUCCUGAGGCACGUGCUUCGCUUAAACUCAGAAAUUUGAAGGACUGUGUGGCUGAUAAGAUAGAGUCCUAUGGCUUGAAACUUGCUAACUCUCUUCUGUCGCAUAUCAAUGAUCCUACUACUACUAGAGAUGGGUUCAUUGCAAUCACCGAGGGUCUUUGUAAAUGCAUCUUUUAUCUUAACAAUCUUCUAAAAAGCAUUAGCGCCAGCGGUGAAGAAGUAGAGCAACAUCCCACUGAGGAUUAUCAGAAACUAAGCAACGACCAACUGAAGUCAUAUGCAUAUACACUAUUGAGGUUCAUUGGUGACAAACCCCUUAAAUCUUUGCAAAGGAAGUGCUACUCAUCUGUUCCUAGUACUACCAAGGAUGCUAUUAGUUUUCUCCGACCUGUAAAAGAUGUUGUGGUCUAUUGCGAUGAUGUAAUUGAUCAAGUCAUGUAUAUUCUGAUUGAGAGUUCUGGUUCUUGUUCGGCUUCAGGCUCAAGUUCUGGUUUUGGUUCGGGAUCCGGGGGUUCGGGAUCCGGGGGUUCCGGUUUAGGUUCGACUCGUGGAAGCGCGAAGUAGCUUUUGCUUGACAUGUUGAUUUGAGCGUCUGUAAUGUGUAGUUAAACCUUACUUAACUUGACUUGUUCUUGUCGAAUAAUAAACCAUCUUCUAAAACUUCUUCAUAAUUCUAUCGAGAUUUUUGUUUCAUACUCA